GCAGCAGAGUCAGGGACGAAAUCAGAUCAGUCCCUCCGUCCUCCAGAUUAUACAACGCAACCUCUGAAAGCCAUGGUUCCGGUUUUAGGUUACUGGGACAUCCGUGGCUUGGCUCAAGCCAUUCGCUAUUUGCUUGCACAUGCUGGAGUGGAGUAUCAAGAUAAACGGAUCUCAAUUUCCACCUCUGCAACCUGGAAAAUUGCGAAUCUACAGCAUGCGUUUUUGUCCCUUUGCUCACCGGGCCCUCAUUGUCUUGGCAGCGAAGAAUAUUGACCACGAAAUUGUGAAUAUUGAUUUGAAGAACAAGCCAGACUGGUUCCUUAAUGUCCAUCCAGUUGGCAAGGUGCCAGUGCUGCAGCAGGAUGACAAAGUGAUCAACGAGUCCCUUAUUUUGUCUGAAUACCUGGACGAGGCUUACGGUUCAUCCAGGCUCCUCCCUACGGAUCCCUACCUGAAGGCUCGGGACAAGAUGUUUCUUGAAGUUGGUUGUUCGGCUGCCACAUCGGUCGUGAAGAUAUAUUACAACAACGAGGACAGGCUGGAGAUCUGGAGUAACUGGAUAGAAAAGUUGAAGGUCAUCGAGGAAGAACUAGCUUUACGGAAAACGCCAUAUCUAUCCGGUGCACGUGCAGGCUUCACUGACUAUAUGACUUGGCCCUUCUUCCCAAGAGCCGCGGCAUUCUCCGCGGUAUUUCCAGAGCUCAAAAUGCCGUCCCCUUCUCAAUAUCCACUUCUUGUUUCAUGGAUGAACCUCAUGAAGAACGACCCUGCUGUGGUGGCUGUCAUAAACGAGGCCCAUCUGGUUGAAUACACAAAAUGUGUCUUAAAUGGAAUUUUUGAUUAUGAUGUGGGUCUGUGAACAUUGCGAUAUAUCUGACUUAUUCCUUUACAUUAUGCUAAAGCCCUAUGCAAUUACGUAUUUUCUACAUCUACAGGGCUUUACCAUUUGUUUGUCUGUGAUAGUUUUCUUUCUGGUCGCGCAUGUUGACAACAGGGAUUCAUGGUUGCUAGAUAAUAUGAAGUUGGAGGUUGUUGCUUGGCCAAAACAUAUCCAUUUUUGUACACUGUAACAAGAUCUGCUUGCUUAUGUGGGUUCCUUACAAAGGGAGACACUCGCAGUUUAUUCAGGGUGCUUUGUUCAGGGUACCAUUGUUAUUACUUAUGCCACGGUUUUGUGGAUACCGUUGUGAUGAGACAGUCUUAUACUCUAUGCAGCAGAUAUACAAAUACAUAGUCCUCUAUGCUUUCCUUUUUAAGUGAGAUUUCACUACUCAAUGCAGUGUGAGUCAUGCGCAUCAUUUACAUUGCUUGUCAACUGUAUACACUGUUGUGCUAAACAGAAGAAAUAUUUUUUUAAGGGAUGGAAUAUAAUAAAGCCAUUGUUAACAAAG